ACUAUGGCCACUGUGCAACAAAGCCUUUCGCGCUGUUCUCCUAGUUUGGUUUCCUCGGCAAUUUGCGACAGAAAAUCGAGGUAGUGAAACUCUCACAGAGAUGGAUCUGAAUCCAGGUAACAGUGGUACUAUUUCCGACUACAAAACCCAGUUCGAUCGAUAUUCGAGCUGCAUAAAGGACAUCGCAACUCCUGAAGUGCACAGGGUUUUUACGUGGCUUUAUCAAGGAGGAAAAAAAUAUGUCGGAGAAUACAUGAAGGACAUCCCUGGAUCAAUGAUUCACAUGAAUGCGAGUGAAAAGAAGAAACUGGAAGACAAAAUGCCAACAGAAGAGAUGGAUAUAACUAUGCUGUAUCGUUUUCUUCAGUAUACUUGUGGUUUAUCCGAACCAGACAAAGGCAUUUGGAACAAACCUCAAGACGAGUCCCAGAAGAAAAGCCUCGAACACUCUCUCUAUCAACUGAAGCAAAAACGAAACGAUCUUGCCCAUGAGGACCAAAAGCUCAAAAAAAUGUCUAACGAUGAACUCGCUGCCAAAAUGGAUGAAGUUAAAGAACUCUGCAACAUAAUUCUCAAAGAAGCUGGGAGCAAGAGCGGUAAAUCUCCUCAAGAUGUUGCUUUGGCCAUCAUGGAAUUGGAAGAAAAUUUUCAAAAGACCAUGGGAGUCACAGCUGCACUUAUAGCCAAACUUGGUCGAAAAGAAAAGCAAGCAGCAAACCAACCAGAAAUGGAUUUUUAUGUGUCACCGAUACUGACUUACAAAGGAAAAUACCUGCCUUUAGCCGACAUAUUCACUGUGCCACAGGCGAAUGACACACAAGGGUCUAUCAUCUUCCUAACAGGAGACGCUGGUUCUGGCAAAUCAACCCUUUGCGAGUAUCUGGACUGGCAAUGGACUAACGAUAAAGAAGAAAUUCAAGAACUUCAAGAAUAUGAUCUUCUUCUGCUCAUCAGAUGUAGAGAAGUUUGCACUAGAGACGUCGUAAGGUUACUCAAAGAGGAUUUAUUGACACGCACCAUGGAAUGCUGCAACCCCUACAGAAUUCCAGAGUUAAUACGAAAUCUUAAAAUAUUAUGGAUUAUAGAUGGACUUGAGGAGGCAACAAGAGAAGCAACUUCUCUUAUUCGCAGUUUACUUAGCAAAGACAAUUAUUCCUCCCACAGCUUUUUGCUGGCAUCAAGGCCAGAAUUCAAAUACAGCAUAAUGCAAGAUCUUGAACAACAUGAAUACACUGAAGUAACACUGAAUGGGAUAAACCCAAAAGACAGCUUCCAAUCAAUGGUAAAGUUUUCACAAAUUGACACUGAUACUUCAGACUUGGAAAGGUUCAUGUCAAAUUUUAAGCGCCUUGAUAAAAACAUACAAACUGAAUUACAAAACCCACUAAAACUUCGUGUAGCAAUAAAAUUUUGGAGCAUGACUAACAGAAAAUCAUUUAAAGACUCUAGCCUAAUUGAAUUAUAUAGCAGCCUGGAAGAGUCUCAGAUAGAAUCACUGGCCAAAAAACUGACAGGAGGGAUGGUCACAAAGGAUGAUGCAACCAGAAAGGUUAAAAUUUGGUUUGAUUAUUUGUGCCAAAUUGCUUUUGAGCUUGCAGCAGCAAAAUAUAUUUUGAUUAUUAAUAAUGCAACAUUAGACAAGCUUAGAAGGAAGUGUGAGGAAUUACAAAUAGUACUUUAUUCAGUCUGCCUCUCUGAAUUUCUUACUAGCAAUGGCCAAGGAAGCUACCAAUUCUUGCACUCAACACAGCAAUAUUAUUUUGCUGCUAAAUAUGCAGCAGAUGUUUGGAAGGCAAGCAAGGGCAAAGCAAACACUAUGAAUUUAUUUGAUACACUUCAAAAGGGUACACCACAAAACAGCAUGCUACAUUUCUAUGAAAUUUUACUUCAUAUGGUCUCUAUCUUACAAGGAUCCCUUGAUGCAGUUCAAGUAAGCAAUUUAAUCAAAUUAUUUCAAUACACUAUUGACAGAGCAAAUGCUACUCCAAAGUGGUUUGAGGUUAUUCGCAAGGCUAACUAUCACACAUUCUUCCUUGAAACUAUAGGCGAUAUAAUUCCUAAACUGUGGUUCGUUAGUGACCAAAACAUCAAAGAAGCAUGCUGUCUCAUAGAAUAUAAGCAACCAGAACACAUAGCUAUUAAACUUUAUAAUGAUCCAAAGAAUUCUGGAGUAGAGGAUCUUCUCUAUGCACUUGCUAAAGCAAAAUCAUGGAUCAUUGUUGAACUUUAUUUGGAGUAUCACUGCCGGGUUAUGAAGAGUAAGGAUGAAUCAGAUAGUCUGUUGAAGAUCAUAUGUCAAGAGUCUUCAAAGUGCUGCAUUCUGGGGUUUUCUGGUCACUUAAGUUUAGAAGGAUGCAAAAUACUUAAUAUGAACAAUGCCAGUCAGUACUGCAAAGCAUUACAUUUAAAAGUAAGCUCACCUCAAUCGCUGUCUACAAUAUACUACCAUAUAACAAAAUAUGAACUACUUGCCAAUUUACAACUUAUGUUUACCUUCUUGAUUUAUGACAAAGUAAAUAUCAAUAGUAACACACCUACUUUUAAAAACACCAUUGUGGACUUACACUUCUACAACUUGAUUGACAAUCAGGUGCAAAAUUCAGUAAAGGUCAUACAAAAAUUGGGAAAAUCUUUCAACAGUAUCACAGUAUAUAAACUCUCGCAAUCUGGGGCCACAAAGUUUGUUCAAUUACUAAUGCAAAAAGAGGUCAAGUCAAAUGCAUUUUUGAGGAAUAUUGUUGAUGAAGACAAAGGGGAGAUUUAUUUAAAAAAUCUUGGCCCUCUGCCAUUACAGUAUGAUAUUAAACAUUUUCCUUGGGUCUGGGUUCGCUCUGAAAAGCAUCGUUGAAAUCAUUAAUGACGUGGGUCCAAUAAUUUUGAGAUAAAGUCAUUUUUAAGCACAGGAUUUAUAAAAUCAUUCAAAUGAAAAUAAAAUUCAGCAAAGUGGCAAAUAUACCUAUGACUAUAAUAACAAACCCUAAAUACUAUGUUAGAUCAAAUUGCAUUUGUGUGAAAUGGAAACUUUUUUAUUGGGUCUCAACGAAUGGAUUUAUCACAGGCAUAGUUCAAAAAUGAGAUAAUACUCAAGGCAGAAGUUUACUUAAAUGUCUAUGAUCAUUCAAUGGUUCAUUCUUCACCUUUUCACCAAAAAAUCAUUUAAAGCAAGUAUGUAGUACUAUUUUGGUUUACCCACAUCCCAAUUUUAUUACAUAGUGUAAAACAAUUUUCCAAGUUAAGAUUGGCUUGGACAAACUUCUGUAACUAGGUUUACUGGUUUAACAAGUAGGAUUUAUCUUGAAAACCAAACCUACUACCAUAAUUUAAUUGAAAAGAAUAGGUUUUGAGGUCUUAAGACUUUAAACACAGAGCUAUUCAUUUUACUGGCCUCUCAGAACUUUUCCAAGUCACUUGUUCUAACUGACACUCCUAGCUACAUUAGCCUUAUUAAAUGUAAUAUCUUCUUAAUCUCUAACUAUUCUCAACGUAAUAUCUUAUUUCAAAAUAGCUCCUUACCCCAAUGCGCAAAGGUCUGUUAAAAUAACUUCAAUAACUUUGACUGCUUUACAAAGUUCUUUUCCGAGUUGCCUAAAAACAUUACUCCACAAGAUUAUGGCUGCACAUUCACCAAUUUCCAAUAUUUGUCAAGUACCAUGUUAAUCUAAAAAAAAAACUAAAUAAAUAAAUAAAUAAUAAUUUUAAGGAAUCACUGAUAUUUCUGGAACAUUCCUGUAAUAAAAACUAGCAUUCUUUCAUGUGACUCAAGGAAAUGUAUAUAUAUUUGGUGAAGGACAAUAAGUUAAAAGCAAUACUGUACUUAUUUCAGGAAUGAUCAGAGCAAAUAAAAUAAGCUAUAAAAAACUUAUUUACAUUUAAAUUUGCACCCAUGAGACUUUCAUUGUAGAACAAGCUCACUGGUAAGUCCUGUGCUGUUAUUUUUACAAAACAUAUAUUUUACUUCUGACCUAAGCAGUCAUCUUAGAAAUUCAGCAAUUCAACUAACUGCUUGCCUGCUUGGAUUUUUAUUUUGAGUUUGGUGAUGUAAAUAAUUUGUUAUAAGUGGAGAGUAAAUUUCAGACACCUAGUACUUCUUUCUCUUUAUCACCUUUUUAUUAUUGAGGGUCCAGAAAUUAUUGCUCAAGUUACAAGCGUACAUAUAUGCUACCAUAGUACGUACUUACUUGACUUACAUGAGUAGAGAAGGCAAGGAAUCAGUGGACAAAAUAAUUUUAUUAAAGUUAGAGGUGCUUAGUUUACAAUUAAGCUUGCAAGCAUAUGAUCAACUUUAAUAUUAUUAAACCAGAACAUAAAUUUGAAGUGAAUCAGCUGACAGUUUCGCCCAUUGUUGCUUGAAGGGUUGUAGUACAUGAAGAAAAAAGUAAAUUCUAAUACUAACUAAAUUUAUUUGGAUACUCUCCUUUUGUUUUGUGUUGAGAUGGUUAUGAAUUGUUACAUAAGCCAUAAGGUUGGUAAUCUUAUGAUCUACUGAAAAUUCAUUAAGUAAAGAAAUUUUUUAC